AUGGGAACCGUGGAUAACUGGGAGUGCCAGUCUCCCGCUGCCCCUACCAACACUCGAUCUGCCCGAGUGAACGAUCUUCACUUCGCCGAUGAGGAAUUGGAAGUUGCGGUUCUCUCUGUGCACCCCCGGCCUGCAUCAAAGACUCCAACCAAGCCUUCCGCGAAGGCGAAGGGUAAGCAACGUGCCGCUUCCGAGAUCCUGGCCUCCACGCCCCAGCGAGCUGGGCGCAUUCUUCCUGCUGUUGGCGCGCUCCGAGAGAAGUGGUGCCGCCGAUGCGCGUAUGCUUUCGUCUUCAGCACAAGCACCGGUGGGUGUCAUGAUAACUUGAAGGGCGGCAAGCCAGAGCGUUAA